AUGACAGAGGCUGAGCUUUCGGACUACCUCGCUGUGCUUCUUGGACUCGCAGCUGAAGGCUGUUAUAUUGAGGCCAGUGACAAGAUGCCCCCCCCCAACCUCAGUAGCAUUCUGGAGUCUCGAUUGCCUAUCGAAUUCACAGCAGCAUCAUUCGCUCAGACCCUUUUAAAUGUGUCAAAUUUUGACUCAAAUCAAAGUUCCGGCUCUCAUACCAGUGAAUGCAGAGCUGCUAACACAUCCAGCAUGUCGGAGCGAGCUCGAGAGGAGUCUGGGAGAUUUUUGGAGGGAAGUUCAGCAGAUGAUGGCUUUAAUGGCAGUGGUGGUAUCACUGCGGACAAUAGCUGUAUAUGUAGUGGCGGCUCUUUCCUGGAAGGGCUUCGUAGUGAAUCCCGUGGGGAGGAGGCCGAAAUAGAUGAAAGAGUCUCUUCAGCUGUGCGGCCCAAGCUGACUUUCAGGGAUGUAAACCACACUCACCUGACCCGGAGCCUUCAAACUGAAUAA